CAAGGGCAAAGAAAGACCUAACAUCUAAAGUGACCGUUUAGGUUUUUGUGCGUUCUUUCUCUCCUCACAAAACCUCACAUAACCUCAUUAUGGAUAUAGCAGUGAAAGAUUUAUUAAAACAGUGGGGGUUUCCUGAUCUCAUACAACUGUUUGAGGAUGAAGAAAUUGAUUUCGAAUCACUUCUACAAUUAAAAGCUGGCUCAAAAAACUUAGAGGUUCUUAUACCUAAAAUAGGCAAAAGACUAAAGUUUGAAAAAAACUUGGAAAAGUUGCAAAACUCUAUAGUUCAGACGGAGACAAUUUUCGAUAACAAGGAAAGUAAGAUAUCAGUUAAUGCACCAGACGAGAUAAUUGAUAUAACAUGUGAAACAAGUAAUCCUGUAACAGUAAAUGAUACAAACAAUAUCACAUCUGAAACAGUUACUCCAAAUAUAAUUGUGGAACGUGCAAGUGAUGCUGAGAUAAUUGAUACUGUACAGGUUGACAAUAUUAAAAUAAUUGUUGAUAAAGAAAAGGGACUUGUUCAGUCAGAUGAAGAGGAACAUAUCGAGCAGAAAGAAAACAAACUUAUAGAAUUUGAAGUGUGCGAAAUUGAUGAUUUUCAGCUUGCCAAUGCUAUUCGUCAUCUGGAUCUGAAAACAUUUUUAAAAGAAACUAGCACCGGCUAUAUCAUUUUAAGCCACUAUGAAACGCAUGGUCAAUUAAAUGCAGUAAUGCGUAGAAAAUUAGCAGAUGUAGUAAUGACACAUUUACCAAUUGCUAUCACUAAGAAACCAUAUCCGCUUGAAUUGAAAAAUAUGCACAUUAAAGAGCUUGCUAUAAAAGUAGCUAAUUAUUUUAAUGAAAAACCUGAAUUGUAUUAUGUGCCACCCUUACAUGAAGGGCGACACUAAAAGAUUUUAAAAGGAAUAUUUGUCGAUCGAUAUCGCAACAAUCGUAGAGAUUAUAUAAAAUCUGGAUUAGUGGAAACAAACAAAAAAUUUAAAAAAAGUAAUAAUAUGUCGGGAUUAACCGUGGA